AUGGACUUUCUCAGCCGAGCUACAGCCAGUAGCGAUCACCAUGGUCAGGAAGGGAUUCCCGAGGAGCCAGACUACGCCAUCCGUUGCUACGCAACCAAGCACUCAUGGCGAGGACGCUACAAGCGGGUCUUCUGUGUGUCAUCCUCCGCUAUUAUCACACUCGAUCCCCACUCGCUCUCGUCUACCAACCACUACACCCUCGUGGCGGAUUAUGAGGGGAUUGUGGUGGCUCCUCCGCUUGGAGGGAAGGAAGAUGGGCAGCCUUCAUCACUCUGUGCCUUCUCCUGCCGCGUUUCACUCACGCAGCAGCUGGAAUUCACAAUCAACGUUCGCACAGAUGGACGUGGCAAGUACAAGCCCAUCAAGUUCUCUGCACGGCACCGUGCAUCUUUGCUGACGGAACUGCACAGGGUGGUGGCGGCACUGCAUCCCCACCCUCCUCGGCCCCUCACCACUCCCUCCACAGUCUUCCCUGUUCUCUGCCUCCGCCGCCGCUCUCAAACCUGGGUGCCUAGAGCUAUGCGCAUCUCACCAGUGGGAAUCGAGGUAAUCCAAGCACCCGUGGAAGCAGUUUCAGCUGCUUCCACUCCCGCAACAACAUCCCGCUCCUCCUCUGUGGCCUCCAUAGCAGCAGCAGUGCGCUGGAGUGUGGAGUUUCAGGGUCUCUCCUCCCCUGCUCUCACUGUGCUCGCUAGCCCAGAGGAGGCCGCAUCUAGUGCAGGUGCUUCCAGUGGAGGCUCAUCUGGAGGGUUCUUUGGUGUGCGAAGGGGCGUGGCGGGGAGGGAGGAUGGGGGGUUUAUCCUGCGGCUGGGGUUUGGGAGGCGGGCCAAGGCGAUCACAGCUACUGGAGGGUGUUCCAACUCGGCCAUCCUGUCAAAGAUUGUUGACACAGCCAAGGGCUCCAUAGGCCGUGCGCUCACAGUGGACACCACCUCUCGCCCGAGUGUCACAGACUUUGUUUCACAGACUGCGGUGGGAGGAGUGGGUCCCAACGAGCCCCCACUGGGGGAGUGGUCCGUCACCCUCGUCCGUCACUCUGCUCUGCUCCCAGACCCCUCCCCUCGCGCCUCCUCUGCUGCUGCCGGUGGUGCUGGCGCUACCUCUAGCAGCAGCAGCAACAGCAAUAGCGUGGCAGGGGGGGGAGUGCAAGGCGGAUUGGGUGUGGAGAUGAGUGGCUCGGCUCGUCAAUUUGCCGUGACUCGGCACUACUUUGUGGAGCGCAACCCAGUCACUUAUGAGGCCACAUACAUGCGGCAGCUCUCAACCGUGUCGGCUCUGGUGCGAUGGGUGGAGGAGCCUCAGCUGCUGGCUCUGGAGUUCGUUGACGGGGCACCAAUCCUGGUGUACCGAUGUGCAGCACGUGACUCUCUCCUGUCCGCCCUCAAAGAUGCUAUUGAAACCGAGGGGGAUCAACUCCUGGUGAAGCACCUCGCAGCAGCAGCCAAGGAUGCAGUUGCCGACGGGGGAACCAUCCCUGGUUCGAAGACUCGGCUCUGGCGAAGAGUCAGAGAGUUCAACGCCUGUGUGCCUUACUCAGGGCUCUCGGCAGGGGUUGAUGUUCCUGAUGUGGUGGUCAUGGCUGUGCUUAGCAUGCUGCCCAGCCCGCCUGUUCCUCCUCCUGCGGGUACUGAGGCUGCUUAUGACGAAGCAGGUGCUUAUAGCGCAGCGGCAAUUCUCCCUGCGCCUUCCCCGAGGGCUGCUGGGACGCACAUUGGGCUGCUGGCGUGUCUGCGGCGCCUGGUGGGGGCAAGUGGCGCGUUCUCAUUGGUGGUGGGGAUGCCGGGAGCAGUGGGGAGAAUUAUGGGGCUUGUGCGGAGUGGGUCAGAGGCAGUGGCGGCUGAAGCACUCGGUCUGCUGCGAGCCAUCAUAGCACUGCCAGUCUCUCUGCGGAAUACAGCCAGCCAGAUUGGAGCAGCCAGUCAGGGCACAGCAGCUGCCAGCACAGCAUGCAACAAGGCCAUGGCUGCUCGCGCUGCUGCCAAAGCCGCUUUCUUCCCCAUGCCUGUCCAGGUGGCAGCAGUGGUGAAUCGCCUGAAGCCACGGUCGGUGUCGCCACUGCUGUCAGCUGCAGCAGUGGCGGUGGUGGAAGCGCUGGUGUGCUCGCCUGACAGUGACACCACACAGGACGCAAUCUUCCAUGAGACACUGCGCCAGGUGGCAAACCUAAAGCGCCGUCUCUUCUCCCUGUUCGCGCAUCCAGCCGAGGGCACACGGGAGGCAGUGGCAGUCAUCAUGUGCACCAUCGCAGAAGAAGACGAGGCCGCCGCCCGGCCCAUGCGCGAUGCCGCCCUACAAGACGGCGCUUUCCUGCGGCACCUGAGCAACAGUGUUGCAGCAGCGGGAGGGGAGAGGAGAGAUCUGAGCCGGCAGCUGAUUGCCCUCUGGGCUGAAGGGCAUGACCCCAGUCUGGAUCUCAUCCGAAGGUGCUGCCCUCCUGGUCUCUGUGCUCAUCUGUACUCGCGUCGUGACACGUCAGCAGCACUGCCAGGUCAGCAGCAGGUCGGGAGGAAGGGCAGGAGGAGGGUAUCAGCAGCAGCUGCUGCUAUCGGCCGCAGAAGGCACGGGCUAGGGGGUGUUGGCGCUGGGGGCUGGGGCAGUGCGGGGGAGAGCAUGACCGGUAAUCUGGGGGUUGGUUUGGGAGGAGGGCAAAUGGCAGGAGCAGGGAGUGGUGAGGAUGGGCAGUUCUCAGCGGCUGCAGCGGAUUUUCUGUCUCAGUCAACGCCUUUCCUGCCCUCCUCCCGCCCGCAAGACCUGUCCAUUUCGGACCUCUGGCCUGCCGGAGCUGCCUCAGCUUCGGCCCUAGCCAGCUCGGAAGCAAGCACAGCCGGGGGAGGUCUCAACUGGGAGCGGUUCUGGCACGAGUUCGCGGGGGACCACUGCAGGGCGGAUCUGAUCUGGAACGAGCGCACGAGGCAGGAGCUGAGGGAGGCUCUUCAGGGGGAGGUACAUCUGCUGGACGUGGAACAGGAGAGGUUCUUGGGGGGAGGAGGGGCGGAGGAGGAAAGGCGGGAGGAGAAGGAAGGAUUGGAGAAGGGAGAUUCUGGUGCCGUUGACGGUCAACCAGACACUGGCGCUGCUGCUGCUGCAGCUGGUGGCGGCGCUGUGGAUUCUCCCACUGACAGUACAGGGGAGGCAGGGGCAGCAGCAGUGGGAUCGAUUCGGGACCCUGCAGCGUUUUUCCGGUCGCUGUACCACCGGUUCUUGAGGGAGGCGGAUAUGGGGCUCGUGGUGGAUGGGGUUGACGCCUCUCAGGAUCGUGCCAGGCUGAGUGAGUGGUGCGACCCCACAGGCGAAGACUGCUUCGGAGGAGCCCAGCUGCAGCAGCCUGCUGCAGCAGCAGGGGAUGAAGGAGCAGUGGAAGGUGGAGCCAGCAAGGGAGAGGGGCAGGGAGGGCAGGGUGGGAAGGGAGGAAAGGGAGGGAAGGGAGGAGGGGCGGUGAGCAAUGCGGUGCGGGAGCUUUGUGCGCGGGCCAUGGCGAUAGUGUACGGGCAGUACGGGGCGGUGAUAGGGCCGUUUGACGGCACGGCGCAUGUCACUCUGCUGCUGGAUCGCACCUUGGAUAGAACCCUCCGCCACCGCCUGCUGCUGCUGCUCAAGGCGCUGGUGCGAGUGCAAGAGAAUGCGAGUGCGUGUGUGGCGGUGGGAGGGUGUGAGCUGGCAGUCGACCUCCUCUGCUCUGCACACGACGCCCAUGAACGCACCUCCAUUCCUCUCCAGUCAAACCUACUGGCAGCAGCGGCAUAUACUGAACCACCCAAGGAGUGGUUCUACAUGCUGCCCAACGGGGGGUGCGUGGGGCCGUCGAACCUGCUGGCGGCAACGGCAUACACAGAGCCUCCUAAAGAAUGGUUCUACAUGCUGCCCAACGGGGGCCGCGUGGGGCCGGUGCUCAAGGCGGCAGUGCAGCAGGCGCGGUGGCGGGGGGAGGUUGACUGGAGCACCCGCUGCUGGGCGGCCGGGUGGGACGAGUGGCGCCGCGUGUGUGACGUGCGGGAGCUGCGCUGGGCCAUGGCCACUGGCGUUGCCAUCCUCACGCCUGCUCAGGUUCAUGUGUCUCUCAGUGACAGCACACACCCGGCCUUCAUGCAUCUUAUUUCCCUCCUUCCCUCCUUCCUUCCUCCCGCAUGCCCAACCAGAUGCCUGCCGCACCUCGCACAGGCCAUUCUCACCAACGAGCCUGCUAUAGUGGAAAAGGCCGCGCUGCUAUUGGAGGAGAUCGUGCGCUACAAUCCAACAGUCGCCACCCGCCUGUACACCACGGGCGUGUACUUCUUUGUGUUUGCCUACGCUGGCUCCAACUUUGGGACGCUAGCGUCGCUCUGCCACGCCACACACACACGGCAAGCGUAUGUGAGCGGCAUAGAGGCAGCGGACAUGGCGUCACAGCCGCUGGCCAAGCGCAGCAUCCUGGGAGUGCUGCUGCCAGAGAGCCUGCUCUACGUGCUUGACAGGCGUGGGGCAGCAGCGUUUGCCGCUGCUGUUGUGGCGGACUCUGAUUCGCCGGAGCUCAUCUGGACGCAUGCCAUGCGGGGCUCCGUGCUCAUCCCGCAGAUUCUCUCCCACCUGGGCGAUUUCCCCCAGCGCCUGAGCCAGUUCUCCAGGGCGCUGUAUGACCACACGCCCAUGCCGCCCAUCUCGUACCCCGAGCUCAAGGACGAGAUGUGGUGCCACCGCUACUACCUCCGGAAUUUGUGCGAUGAGAUCCGUUUCCCUGAUUGGCCGAUUGUGGAGCACGUGGAGUUCCUCCAGUCGCUGCUCGCCAUGUGGCGAGAGGAGCUCGCAAGGAAGCCCAUGGGGAUCUCCGAUGAGGAAGCAUGCGCCAUUCUCGAGAUUCCCACCGACAAGCAGCAGCCAGCCUCCGCCGCCGCAGGCACCGCCUUCCCCGCUACAAGACAAGGCGUGCAAGUGGACGAGGACGUGCUGAAGAGGCAGUACCGGCGCAUGGCGGUGAGAUAUCACCCGGACAAGAACCCUGAAGGGCGGGACAAGUUCAUAGCAGUGCAGAAGGCAUACGAGCACCUGCAGUCUGCCAUGCAGGGCCUGCAGGGGCCGCAGACCUGGCGCGUGCUGCUGCUACUGCGCACGCAGAUUAUUCUGUUUCGGAGGUAUCCGGGAGUUUUGGAGCCGUUCAAGUAUGCUGGGUUCCCGCUGCUGCUGCAGCUGCUGCGGCUGGAGGAUGGGGAUGGCGAGGCAGGUGCAGGGAAUGCGGGGGAUGGUGCGGGUGAUGGUGCUGGUGUUGGUGCUGUUGGUGGGGAGGAUGGUGGGAAGGCGUGGCGGCAGCAGGAGAGCGCAUCUAGCUUUCUGUCGCCAGAGCGUUCGGAGUUACUGCAGGCAGCAACGCAUCUGCUGUGGCUCAUCUGUGCCUGCUCCUCCCUCAACGGCGAAGAGCUCUUGCGAGACGGGGGCCUGCCUCUCCUCACCACGCUCCUCUCCCGCUGCCUCUCCCUCCUCUCCCCCUCCUCCUCCCCCACUGACCCCCCUGCCCUCAUCGCCACCCACAUCCUCCGCACGCUCGCCAUUCUCUCCGCCUUCCCCUCCGCCCGCACCGAGGUUCGGACCAACCAAGCCUGCGCAGCAGCCUUGGUGCCGGACCUGGUGGUGGCGACGGAGCUAGAGAGCACGCCCGGGGCUGUGGAAGCAGCACUAGAGGGGAUUUUCCACCUGGCGCUGUCUAAGGGGCUCAGAGAGAGGCUGCUAAGGGCUGGUGCAUUGUGGUAUCUGCUUCCGCUGCUCUUUAAGUUCGAUUCCACUGCGGAUACUGCUGGUGGUGAUACCAAAGGCGGAGGCGGCAGCAGCAGCAGCCUGAGUGCAGGUGCAGCAGUGACUGCAAAGGCCGACAGCGGCGGCGGAGCCCUGCUUCUAUCUGCCUCUCAAUUCUAUCAGUCCUCUUCCCAGUACCUCGCCCUGCCCUCCACAUCACACACUAUCUCCACCCCUCUCCCUUCCACCGGUACGAAUGGCACCAGAAUCAACACCAGCAGCACCACAUUCUCCUCCUCCACCUCAGCCUCUGCCUCUGCUGUCACCGGUGUCACGGGCCAAUCAGCAAUCGGCGCCAACGUCCAGUCAGAGCGCAACCUGCAUGCAGUACUGGCAGCACGAGCCAUUGCUCGACUGACAGGGUACCUGAGGGAGAAAGGCGGGUUUGCGGAGAGGGGAGGCGAGGAGGAAGGGUGGGGGGAGGGCGAGGGGGAGGAGGGGUCGGCGGAUGCAGCAGCACGAGCGGCUGUGAAGGUGCUGCUGACGCCGCGGCUGGCUGCUAGACUGGCAGAGAACUCGCCUGUGGGGCUGCUCAAGGCGCUCACCAGCAAUGUGGAGAGCCCUCAGGUGAUAUGGAGCAGUGGCAUGAGGGCACAGCUGCUGCGGUUUCUGGAGGACAGGAGGGCGCAGAGGGAGGCAGAUGGGUCGUAUGCGGUGGAUGCAUGCCAGACGUUUGUGUACACUGCACUGGAGGACGAGAUCCAGGUGGGAGACAUCUACCUCCGUCUCUUCAUCCAACAUCCAGACUUUCCUCUCUCUGACCCCGAGUCACUCUCCGCUGCCCUCGUGCCUUUCCUGCUCGACAUGUGCGCGCUGCUCCCGCCCAUGCACCACUCCCAAUCGCACCACACGCCUCUGCACCCUGCUGCUGUCCUGCUGCUGCGCAAGUGGGACCGGCGGGGUGUGGAGGGGGGCGAGGAGGAGGAGGAAGAGGACAGGAAAGGGGAAGGGGAAGAGGAGGAGAACGGCGGAGAGGCUAGAAUCCGCCAUCUCGCGCUGGCAGUGCUGACCAGACUCACCGGCUUCGCACCUAGUGUGGCUGCGAUGGUAUCAGACCGAGGGUCUCUCCUGAUGCUGCUGCUGCUGCUCGUGCGAUCGCCGCAAUCUCGGCCGUCCAUUCUGGGCAUGCUGCAGUCGCUGGCGGGUACGCCAGAGCUAGCGUGGGUGGUGGCGAAGCAAGGCGGCGUCGUCUUCCUCCUCGCGCUCCUGCUCCCUGCCCCUGGAGACGACAUACCCCACCCUAUCCGGGUCACCACAGCCCUCCUCCUCUCCGCGCUCCUCUCUCAGCCCCUGCACGGCCCGCGGGUCUUCCUCUCCCUCUCCCGCUUCCUGCCCCAAGGCCUCCUCUCCUUCCUGCGGGACGGUUCAGGGGAAGCUGCCAUUGCUGCUCUCUCCCAGACCACGCAAACCCCCGAGCUCGUCUGGUCCCCCGCCCUCGCGCUCAAUCUCGGCCGUCGGAUAGCGGUGCUGGCUGCUGAGGUUGUACGGAUGGUAGAGAUCGCACGGAGGUCUGGUGGUGGGAGCAAGGGAGGAGGCGAGGGUGGUAGUUCCGUUUUUGGAAACCUGGCUUCUUUUGAAUGGGAUCCGCCUGAUCUUGUGGGGGCUAUCGGUGGGGGCACUCCAGGUGUUGCAUCAGGUGCUGGUUCGGGUGGUCCAGGUGGGGCGCCAGGCGCAUCAGACAACAGUCUGUUGAAUUCACCUGAAGAAGGGGACGAGUGGCAGGUGGGCGGCGUGUACAUUCGUCUCUUCCUCAAGGACCCCAAGUACCCGCUGCGCAACCCCAAGCGCUUUCUCGAGGGCCUUCUCGACCAAUACGUGCUUGCCACGUCAGCACUGUUCGCCCCAGCUUCCCCUGCUCCUGCUCCUGCUCCCACAGCAGCAGCAUCGGGAACAGCAACGGCCGCGGCGGUAGCAGGGAGGGGGCUGGUAGGAGCAGCAGCAGUGGCAGCGGCGGCAGAGAGAGUGGAGCUUCUAGCAACAGCGCUCAUCUCCCUGCUGAGAGUUCAGCCACUCCUGAGUGAACACGUGGCACUGCUGGGUUACGUGCCGAAGCUGCUGCUGCUGACUGCAGCCGAGGGGCAACUGCUUACCGCCUCUGCGCCCUCUGCUGCUGGUGCUGCAACUGCUGCUGCAGCAGGGGCAGCAAUAGCUGGGGGUGCAGGGGGCGGGGUGGCACAGGGUGGGACGAAGGGAGGGGUAACUGCAGCGGAGGCAGAUGCGGAGGCGAGGAGGCAGGCGGGGGAGAGGGCGCGCAUGUGCUCCUUGAAGAUCCUCCACCAGAUAGCCGCCAAUGGCCCCUGUGCUGAGGCUCUUGCUGUCCCCGGUGCCAACGCCCCCCAGGUGAUAGCCCUGCUGAUGCGGGCAAUCGGGUGGGCGGGAGCGGCAGUGCUGGCUCUGGAGACAAUGAAGAGAUUGCUGGCUCCAACCAACAGAUCUCGAGACGUCAUUGUUGCACAGGCGCUCAGGAAUGGCUUGGUUCAGGUCCUGCUUGCAAUCCUGGACUGGCGGGCAGGCGGAAAGGCUUCGCUGGCUGCCCGGAUGCGGUGGAGCGAAUCAGAGGCAGCGGUGGGGCGAGUGCUGACAGUGGAAAUUCUGAGGCUGCUGGGGGCAGAUGGGGCCUACUCCAUCCGUGUGCAAGAGAUCCUGAAUGGCUCUGAGGUGUGGAGGGCGUUCAAGGACCAGAAGCACGACCUAUUCCUGCCCACCAACGUGCAGUCAUCCGGUGCCGGUGUGGCUGGCUUGCUGCAGGGCGCUGGCUCUGCUGCCCUCGCCCUCCCUGCCCUCGCCCUCCCUGCCUCCGCCGCCCCUCCCACCACCGCUACUCCUGCUGCUGCGCCUGCUGCUGCUCCUGCUGUGGCUGCGGCUGUCGCUCCUGGUGCUACUCUUUCCUCGUCUCCUCUUCAUUCUGGGGAAGCAGCUAGAAGCUUAUCCUCUUCUACUGCUGCAGUGUCUGCCCAUCACUCACCAGUACCCACCGGCUCUCAUCUCCCCCAUGCCUCACACUCCUCUCCCUCGCUCCUGCCUCUCUCCUCCAUGCCCACCCCCCUCUCUCCCGCCCAUCCGGUACCCACUCACUCUCAUCAUGCACACACUCCCUUCGCUCCCUCCCAACCUGCUUCUAUCGCAAUUCAUCCCUCUCCUGCUCGAACAGUGCCUCACUCCACAUCUGCAACAGCUUUCUCACCCUCCCCUUCCUUCCCAGCCGCCAUUUCAACCACUACAUCUCCCCCAAACCGCUCCCAAGCGUUGGAUCCGCUAUUAGGUUCAGCACCGGGGCUGGUGUCUGCAACAGGAGGUUCGGAUGCAGGUGUGGCUGGGAUGGCAGCUUCGGCAGUAGCUCGCGCCUCUGUAGGAGAGGCAGCUGGAGCCGUCACAAGAGCAACAGCUGGGGCACGAUCUAGUGGUGCUGUGGCAGGGCCGGCUGCUGGUUUGACGGCGCCUGCUGUAGUUUCAGCCUCGGAUUUUGAUCGAGUGGUGGAGGAAAAAAUGCUAGGAGGGGAAAUUGGUGGGGCUGCUGGUGGACAGGUGAUUGGUCAGGUGGCCCGGCAGGCUGAGCGGGAAAACACUUCUAAUGUAGGGAAGGCAAGGAUGGAGGAUGAAGGGUUUUUGGUGCUUGGGAGGCAGGGGACGGGGGGUACAGGGAACGAGGGUUAUGGGGGUGAUGAGGAAGAGGAGGAGGUGGCAAGGCAGCCCAUAGGGCUGGAUGCUGCCCCCUUGUAG